AUGAAAUCCAUGCAGGGAUCCGGUGAAAGUUCUCUGACGUUUACGGAAAUAUGCACCACAGCCCCCCACGCCGGAGUGUGCAAGGGCGCAUUCACAUAUUGGUUUAUAGGCUUCCACAUUGUCUCUGGUAUCCUCCAGCGCGAGCCUGAAUGCCAGAUCCACGUCAUUGAUACCAACACAAGUCGGAACCGGGUCGUCGGCGUCAACUAUCAUACUGCUGACAUCUCCUCAGCUACGGACGUCGACGCUGUAUUCACUGCAGCCCAGCCGAAGACGAUCUUCCACGUGGCUUGCCCAGACUCCACUGUCCAACAGCCAGAAGUCUUUCAAAGAGUAAAUGUUGGCGGCGCUCGCAACCUACUCGCAUCUACAAAACGAACCAAGGGGGUCCAAGCUUUUGUCAACACUUCCACAUCAUCUGUCAUACACGACAACCUGACCGACCUAUUUGACGCCGACGAAACCUUCCCGGUUCUCAAAUACCCACAGCAGAAGCGAGUUUACACACUGACCAAGGCAGAGGCUGAGGGAGACAUCCUCGCUGCCAACCGUGCAGAUGGCGACUCCUCCAUGCUGACUGUCUCUAUGCGUCCCGCCACUGCAUUUGGAGAACGCGACACAGUCUGCAUGGGCAAGAUUGUUGCUAAUGCGCGGGCUGGUAAAGGCAAAUACCAGAUGGGUCCCGGAGGCAACUUGUAUGACUUUGUUUACGUCUCUAACUUAGUCGACGCUCACAUCCUAGCUGCUGAAGCACUUUUGAGGGCCUUCGGGCAGCCUCCCCAGCCCCAAGACGCUCGGGUAGAUGGGGAGAGCUUUAAUGUCACCAACAAUGAGCCAGUCUACUUUUGGGAGUUUCAGCGGGCCAUCGGGGCAUCCGUGGGGCUUCCAGUCAAGAAAGAAGAGAUCAAGGUCAUCCCCAUUUGGCUCGCUUUACUGAUGGCCACCAUUAGUGAGUGGACGACUUGGGUCUGGACAUGGGGAAAGCAACAACCUAAUGUCACACGCGAGGCUGUGAAGCUUACAACAAUCACGCGCACUUUGAAAGGGGAGAAGGCAAGAAGAAUUCUCGGCUACGAACCCAAGGUCAGCAUGAGCGAGGGUCUCGAAAGAGCUGAGAAAUGGUUUGUUGAAGAGGCGGCAAGGGCGGAUGACACCAGAAAGACUGUUUAG